CAAGAUAAAAAUCCUGCAAAGUGGAUUACUCUAUAGUUAUUCAACCAGUUCCUCAUAUUGUGCGGUGACUACGGAGGAUAUUUUUACAAAUGAAGGAAAUUGUUGAAUAAAAAUACCAUUUGCAUUCUUUACACGUUGGAAUUUUCAACCUAUUCAAGCACCAAAAACCAUGGCCUGUCCAUUUUCGCGUCAUCCCCCUUCGGAAAUGCUCCACCGGCAGCAUUCGAUUGCCGAGGGAGCCGGAUGGAACCUCGACGAGGAUUUGAGUGAAAUUCCGGACGACGCACUGACCCUGACCCAUCUCAAUGCGGCCAUCCAGCUGCUAACGGCACCUUCGAAUGAGGACGUGUACGAGGCGCUCAUGUCGCUGAUUGACAAGCACCGCAACAGGUGGCCCGCUCUGGAGAAAUUGAGAACAGACCGCAAUGCGCUGCACAUUUACCCUCAUUAUGAUUAUCUGGCGGACGUCCAGGACAAUUUGAAUCGAAUCGAUGAAUCAUCGGCCAGCGAAAUCCUGGUUCUGUUGGGCAACGAGCUCAUCCACACGGCUUGUGUCGGCAUCAUCGAACGGGCAUUCAAGUGUUUGGGAUCCAAUCUGCAGGAGUUUCUCGGAUCUCUGGACGGCGUAUACGAUGUCCUCAAACUGCAGGAAGAGGACAUCUCCGACACCGGGUUCGUUUGUGCCGGAGAAGGUGAGCUGAUCUUUACAUCGGAACGACCGGUUUUGGCAUGGUUGCUUCUUGGAUGUCUACAAGCGUUGAGCCGACUGCUGUUCCACUACGAACCGCCAAUUGAGAUGGAACCGUUGGAUGGAGACGUACCGCGUUAUCGUUACCUGUUCAAGUUGGAUGAUUUCGAGGAACAGGUCGUUCCAAUCGUGGCUGACAAUCGGGUCCAUGGAACGUUGCGGGAGAGCGUGUCAUCCGACACGAAAGAUCUCAAAAUGGACAAUGAUUUCUUCUGCAAGGCGUUUCCUUGGCAUUUUAUAAUGGAUGAGAAUUUAAACUUGGUACAGGUUGGGCAAGGCUUCAGCCGGUUGUUCAAAAACUACAUGGCGACAAGUGGUCUGUCGGCGUGCACGUAUUUCCGCUUCAAACGACCCCGUGGGCUGUCGUUGAGAUUCAGAGAGAUAGUCCGCCGUACGAAUACACCCUUCAUGAUCUCGCUGCGUGCCCCUCCAGGUCGUCCCGACUUCUUCGCCAAAGGUUUGGAGAUCAAAGGACAGAUGGUGUUCUGCCCGGAGUCCAACUCGCUUCUAUUUGUUGGGUCUCCUUUCUUGGACGGGUUGGAGGGCCUGACCUGCAAUGGACUCUUCAUAUCUGAUAUUCCACUGCAUGAUGCCACCAGAGAGGUGAUUUUGGUUGGAGAACAGGCUCGAGCUCAAGAUGGGCUCCGUCGUCGUAUGGAUAAGCUUAAAAGUUCCAUCGAGGAAGCGAACGCGGCGGUUACCAAGGAACGUAAGAAGAAUGUGAACUUGCUGCAGUUGAUGUUCCCGGAAGAUAUCGCGGAGAAGCUUUGGCUUGGAGCACAGAUCGAUGCUAAGACGUACUCGGACGUAACAAUGCUGUUCAGUGACAUUGUUGGAUUCACUAGUAUCUGCUCUAGGGCAACUCCGUUUAUGGUAAUCAACAUGCUGGAGUGCUUGUACAAGCACUUUGAUGAGCUUUGCGGAUUCUUCGACGUUUACAAAGUGGAAACAAUUGGGGAUGCGUAUUGCGUUGCAAGUGGUUUACACCGGGCCAGUAUCUACGAUGCACACAAGGUGGCAUGGAUGGCUUUGAGGAUGAUCGAGACUUGUUCCUUGUACAAUACACACGAUGGCCAACAUAUUAGAAUGCGUAUCGGCAUUCAUACCGGGACGGUUCUGACCGGAGUUGUCGGUCGGAAGAUGCCUCGUUACUGCCUGUUUGGACACAACGUUACCAUUGCCAACAAGUUCGAAUCGGGAAGUGAAGCAUGCAAGAUCAAUUGCAGCCCUACGACCAAGGAGUGGCUCAUCAAGCACCCGGGAUACAACUUCCAGUUGCAGCCGAGAGAUGCUUCUUGCAUGCCGAAAGAGUUUGCGGAGGCCAAGGGAUUGCCUUGCUACUUCCUCGAGGGGUACAAGCAUCCGACGGUAAACGACGAUGCAACCAUUCAGGAGCACAUUGAGGCGGCUAUGAAGCAAACGCUGCUGGAUGGCAGUGAGACCAUAAUUGUUGAAGAGAGUAAAUAAACCACUAAGGGAACCAAUCAGUGUUAAGUGUGUGACUAUCGAUUGAAUACUGGUCUGUGUAGCACCAAGUUGUCAAAAUGUUGUAGCAAAUUUAGACUGUCUUUAUGUGUCAAAUCUUACUAGUAUAUUUCUACUUAAAAUGAUGUUAUAAUAUCGGAUGUAACGCUUAGGAAAUUGAACAAUACAAUAAAUGUUAUUUUCUCGAUAUGUCGUUGAUGAACCAAUUUAUCAAAGUAA